AUGGCGAAACCAUUGCAAAAAGACAGAGAGAAUAGAUCUGCCGAUAAAAAAGAUUUAACGUUUCAUCCUUAUAACAUUACGCCGGAAACUGCCCGUACAGCUGUACUGCUUCUGGAAUCACCGGAGCCAGAAAUACUAUGUCAAACGCUUCGGGCAAUAACGAAGUUCUCUUCGCAAGACUUUCAAAAUCGUCAAUUGUUAUUUGACCUGGAGGCAAUACGUUAUAUUCUCCCUCACAUUGAACACAAUGAAUUUAACAUCAGGCGAUUCGCACUGAAAGCCCUGGCACAGUUGUGCCAGCUGCCACGUGGACCUGAGCAAGUGCUGCUAAAUCCGCAGAAUUUAAAGAAAAUCGCCAAUAUGCUUGUCAAAAUUGAAGAUGUAUUCGUCUUAGAAUUUGCUUCUUUAGUAUUAUCGGAACUAACGAAGGAGCCUCUAGGCUGCGAACAGCUGGUCUCGGCGAACAUUCUGAAUACUUUAUUUUCUCGAAUGAAAAACAGUACAGAUCCUGAUGUUCAGAAUAAUUGUCUGCAGACUCUCAGCAAUCUACUUGCCGACCCGGUGAGCGCUUCUGAAGUGACAAGAAGCAAUCAGUUCAACUGGUCUUCACUGCUGGCGCUGAUGCAGAGCAAAUACCUCGCUAUACAGCACGCAGCGCUCAAGACAGUAGACCAACUGAUCUGCCGAUAUAAGGAUAGUGCGGUACAGAAGAGUUUUAGAGCCUCAACGGGAGUACUGGACCUGUGUGAUAUUUUGGAGGUCAGUCUAUAA